ACUCUGGAAGGACUGGAUCAAAUUCUUCAGGCUGGUGUAGCAGCAGAAUUGAUAUUAUGCCACAGAACACCUGAGCGAGAGAUAAGUAGCCUGCCUUAUCUUAAAAAUGAAAUUGAAGUUCUUAUUGAACCUACUAAAGACGUCACAAAUGUGAUUGUUAGCAAAAGGGCUGAAAAUGGUAAAUUCAAGGUGAAUUUUACACCAAAAGUGCCGGGCGCCUAUAACAUUGAAGUGAAGAUCAACGACGAUAAACUUCCGAACUGCCCUUUUGUUACGCAAGUCACAGAACGUGAACUUGUUGUAGUCGGUGAGUUGAACUUGAAGCUAUUUCAAGGAGAUGAGCUUCACGAUCUGCGUGGAAUUGCUGUAAAUACGGCAGGGAAGAUUGCUAUAGCAGAUUGGAUUGGACACUGUGUCUAUAUAUUCGAUAAAGAAGGCAACUGUUUAAGAAGAAUUGGCAGCCAAGGACGAAAUGCCGGACAAUUUGACAACCCAUGCUGCGUUACAUAUUUAAAUGAUAACGAGAUUCUGGUUGCAGAUCAAGGGAAUCAUAGAAUACAACAAGUAGAUGUCCGGACAGGAACUGCUGUAAGAACCUUUGGAAAAUGUGGCAAAGGAAAGGGAGAGUUAUCGAACCCGCUUGGUGUUUGCCUGGAUGAACAACGCCGCAUUGUUGUGACCGAGUUCAGCAAUGAUAGGAUACAGGUCAUGACACAAAAGGGUGAGACUAUUACCAUGUUUGGAGACAGCGGCCCAGAGAAAUUCAAUGGUCCAACAAGCUGCAUUUCUUACAAAAACAUGUUUCUCGUAUCUGAUAGAGACAAUCACCGUAUUAAAGUUUUCGAUCGGUCAGGAACGUUCUUAUUCAAGUUUGGUAAAAAAGGCUAUCAACACGGACAAUUUAACUGGCCGCUUGGUAUGCUUGUAGACAGCUCCAAUAAUCUUCUUGUAUGUGAUAUUAACAAUCACCGAGUUCAGCAGUUUUCUUUAGACGGUCGCUUGACUCGCUUCACAGGGAAAACUAUCACUCGUUUACCAGGUCCUAUUGGAAUAGCGACAGCACCAGAUGGACGUUUUCUUCUGACUAGCUCUAAAGCUAACAAAGUACACAUAUUGAAGUAGAUGAGUUGCUCACCAAUUUGAGUAGUUUGAACGCCAACAUAUUGAAAGAAACGUUUUCUGUGUCAUAUAUAAAGAGCAAAAAUGGCUGAUAAAUCUUGCUGUAAUUUCAUUUAAGUUACUGAUAUCUCAAUUUUCUUUCGUAUCGUUUCUCAUAGGUUUUUUUUUCAAUAUCCACUGAGUCUUGCCUGUGUGAAAAUUUUCUUCCUUCCUGACCUCGUCUCUUGCAGUUAAAAAAACAAAAAAACAACAACAAACAAACAAAAAAGUAAGGAUUAUUUUGGUAUUUUUUCUCGCUUUUAUGCAUUUCCACAAAAAUACUAAUAUUGCUCUUAGAACGAAACCAAACAGACAAGGCAUUGUAUGACGACAGAUUGAUCCUAGUUCUUUCUCUAAGGAAGCGGAAGUAUAAUUGUUGUUUAUUCUAUGGCUAGCUCCGUGAGCUGGUAAGAUGAAUCAAAUCCUGUGCUGUGAUUGGCUACCCGAGCAGGCAAGA